GGAAGGGGUAGGGCAUGGUUCAACACGAGCACAAUUGAGCGUGACACACAAAACAAAAAAGUUUCACCCGCUGAGAAAACAAACUAACGGUACCUGCUGACUUCUCAGGGCCACCUCUGUUUUCAGGUGUGUGGAGGGGCGAGAAAAGAGGUAGAAGAUGUCUGAGCUAAGUGACGAAGCCAGUGAAUCAGAGCAACUGGGUGCCAGCCUGUCCCUGUGGCUGGGUGAUUCCCUGGUGCGACCUGAGGAGCUGGAUGUCCCCCUGGACCUCCACACCGCCUGCUCCAUCGGCCAGUACGACGUGGUGGCAGAAUGCAUCAAAAAACGUGAGGUGGACCUGGAUGGCAAGAACAUUGGAGGAUGGACCCCACUGAUGUAUGCAUCUUACAUCGGCCAUGACAACAUUGCAAAUCUCCUGCUGGAGGCUGGAGUGAAUGUAAAUGCUACCACUGCCAAAGGAUUAACCCCCUUGAUGCUGGCAGCAAGCUGUGGGAAUGAAAGUAUUGCAUACUUUCUGCUGCAGCAAGGUGCUGAGUUGGAGCUGAAGGACUCUCGAGGCUGGACCGCUCUGUUCCACUGCACGAGCACAGGCCACCAGCAGAUGGUGAAGUUCCUGCUGGAUAACAACGCUGAUGCCAAUGUCAAGGAGCCAGGGUCUGGUUUCACUCCCCUGAUGGAGGCUACUGCUUCUGGACAUGAAAUCAUUGUACAGUUCCUGCUUGAUCAUAAAGUUAAAGUAAAUGACCGAAAUGCUAAAGGAGAGACUGCCCGUGCCCUAGCCAUGAUGUACGGCUAUACAAAGAUCGUCAGCCUCAUUGACUCGCGUACUCCAAGGAUCAAACCAGGACAUUUUGAAGACCUGAGCUCAUCCGAGGACUCGGACAGCGCACCCCCGAGGAGGCCGAGUCGAAACCGAGUUAAAGGCGUUAGCAUCCAUGAUGGGCCACAGGCCAUCGCCAAGUUCCGAGUAGGAGGCACCAGCAAACUGUGUGAGCCUCCUGCAGUGACACCAGGCUACGUGGCGUUUCGUGAUGUUGGUGAACAGAGUGAGGGCAUCCGCUACCGUGACGUGACCUCACCCAUCAAUGAGCUGGACGGCCAGAGCAAUAGCAGCAGAGAUGACAGUCCAUUCUUUGACAAUGACAUGCCCACCAUGAGGAGCAGCAGCAGCAGCAGCGAAGGCCUGCCUCAUGUGAUUGGCCUCAACUGGGAAGGCUCUGUGGAGAGUAACGAGGACUCUGACCAGUGCAAGAGGAGCAGCUCUCGCAGAGUAAAUAAGGGUCAUCACUCAAAAGGCAAGAGUCGCCAUGGAGGCAACGAUGCAGCUCACUCCAGUGGUACAGUGAACUGUGGGAUGCGGUCACAUGAUGGUCUUCCACCCUCCUACACUGGUCCAAAGGAUCUGGCAGAGUUCUUGGAACAACUUGGCUUUUCUAAGUAUCUCCCCUUACUUGAAGAGCAAGACAUUGACCUGCGGAUAUUUCUCACCCUGACUGAAAAUGAUCUCAAAGAAAUAGGGAUCACAUUGUUUGGACCCAAGCGUAAGAUGACCUCGGCAAUUGCAAGGUGGCACAGCAGUGCUCGACCACCCAGCGAUGCUUUGGAACAGGCUUAUGCUGACCAACUUGAGGCUGAGAUGCAGGAGAUGGCCAUUCAGCUACACAAGCGCUGUGAGGAGGUAGAGAGCCUGCAGAGCCAGGUAUCUCAGGAGAAGGAGCUGCGUACCGUGAUGGAGGGAUGUCUGAUGGAGGACAAGAUGGCAUGGAGGAGGGUCCAAGCUGAGCUGGUGGAGAAUCACCGGCUGGCUCAGGACAUGAGCGCCACAUUGGCGGAGUCCAGGGCCCGCCACGCUGAACUGCUCGCCUGUCUCACUACUGAUGGGAAUAGCAGCUCUACUGGCGUGGAAGAUAAAACAAAAGCCGGGGAGGGCCUCACACGCUCCAGUGUUGUAGAAUUACUAAAGAAGUUGGAUUCCCAUGAAGAAGAACUGGCAAGGAACCUGCAAACCGUGCUUCAGAGUCUGAGGCGACUGAGUGCGCCUGAAAAAGUCUCAGAUAGCUGGGAACGGCCUUAAACCUUUAAAGAGGCCAUUUUGCCAAUAUUUGACUGAGGGUGAUCUUACCACCCUGAACAAUCUCACCGAAAUGGGAGAAGGCCAAAGACAAGGCCGGCCCUGCCUGACCAAAGCUGCUCUGGGAGUGAAGCAGCUGACCUGCUGCUCCUCUGGGAUUGGCUGAUGGACCAGAGCUCACCAGAUGUGGACAAGGCCAAGGGCAAUGGCAGCUACUGCAGGGAAAUGACAAACAGGCAGGAAGGGUACCUGGCCCUCACACGCUUGUGCUGGUGUAUACUGGACUCCUGUAGUUGGGUUGUGAAAACGCACAGAGAGGAGGAGGGACUGAUCGUGGAUCAGAGGCUGUAAUACUGUGAAAUGUUUCUAAAAAACUGUACUCUUCCUGUAUGAAAUGUGGUUUAAAUUAUGUUCAUGCCACCAGCCGAAGAGGUACAUUUCAUAAAAGUAGUCAAAGAAGUUCUGCAGAGCUAUACUUUAUUUGAAUGAAAUCUUAUUUGUGUGCUGCUGUUAGGUGUUUGAAAUAAUGUCCUGCUGAAUGCAUAUUUAAGAGCUUAAGAACACAGAAGAGAGAAAUGUGUGAAACCUCAGUCAGUUAAUCAUUUACAGCAAUACAUUGUUACAUCAGGGAAGGGCUUUUCAAUCCAUUGUACUGUAAUUCUGUGGACUUUUGCAUAUGAUGCAGAGUUAAGAGUAAAAUGAUAAAUAGUAUAGUAUUCUUUUUCAAAGCACAAAUACCUGACAGUCAGUCCAGAUUCAGAUUUCACUCAGUGGUGCAAUCAAGUGCUUAGUUAACAUUCAGUGGAUUCACUGUGUAUCUUCUUAAGCGUGAUCUAUUGUACCCUGAAAUCCUCCAAAAUCUUUAAAAUUCCAGAUAGUCUUGGUUAUAUGGACCUGAAUUAAAACCAUGUUGCCUGAAAGUUGAGGGUGGAUACUUAAAUACUCAAAUUUUUUAAUCAUUUUAAAUUGACAUAUGUACACAUGCAACAGACUCUUAAAUUUAAAUGUAUUUCAGCAUGCAAUCAAAUGUUAAAGCAGCACAUCCUUGUAAGAAAGACAACUUUUGCUUCAUAUUUCAUGAUUCAUUAUUCAUAAUUAUGUGAUAAAACAAUUUCAUAACAGUUUAAAGAUAAUAUCUGCAAAUGUAAGUCCCAUAGCAUUUAUUUUAGCAGAGACAGAUGAAAAGCUGAGUGAUUAUAUACACACAUGGACAAAAUGAUCCAAACAGUAAAUAAAAAUAGAAAUACAGACGAGCAGCAUAGUCCUGUUAGGAGAGAUUCCAUGAUAAGUCAAGUAGCAGUAAAAUGAGGUCUACAGCUUGCAUUAGGACAACAAAAAAAAGGGUGGAGACUUUCAUUUGGAACCCUGUUAAAUCUUUAAGAAGCAGCAGAAAACUGCAAAAUUAUUCAUGACUUUGUGAUAAUUUGUGGCGCUGAUUUGAGAAUGCAUAAAGUAGAAAUAAAAAAAAAAAACAAUCUUGUAUAAAGGGCUAUGGUGUUGUAGACUUGUGCAUUAAAAAUAUUUUACUUGAA